CCGGGGGCUGAGGCCAGCAGCGCGCAUGCCCAGUCAGCGCUUUCUAGAACCUUCUGAGGGGUGGCUGCAGCAGCGGGUUGAACGGCUCGCUUAGGCGCCUGGUGACCCUGUGGCCUGCACUGAUCCCACCGGAGGAGCAAAUUGAGGGGAAAGAAGAGAAAAAUGAAGACAAGACAUUUUGAAAUGAUCACCAUGUUACUGGCAGCUGUGAUUCUAAUGGACGUCUUCCAGGUAAAAGCUGAAGUGUUAGACAUGGCAGAUAAUGCAUUUGAUGACGAAUACCUGAAAUGUUCUGAUAGGAUGGAAAUAAAAUAUAUUCCCCAACUACUUGAGGAGGAAAAAGCAAGUCAGCAGGUCUUGAAAGAUGUAUGGGCAAAUGCACAAACCAAGUGGGAAGCCCGGAAGACUCAACUCUCUCUCCCGAUGAAUUUUAAGGAUAACCAUGGAAUAGCCCUGAUGGCAUAUAUUUCUGAAGCUCAAAAGCAAACUGACUUUUACCAUCAGUUCAACGAAGCUGUGAAGGUGGCUGGCCAAUCUCGAAAAGAUUAUAUCUAUGACUUCCAGUUCAAAGCUUUUCAUUUUUACCUGACUAAAGCCCUGCAGUUGCUGAGAAAACCUUGUGAGGACAGUUACAAAAAUGUGGUAUAUUUCACAAGUCAGAUUUCAUUUACCUUUGGAGGGCUAAACCAAGCUAGAUUUGGCCAUUUCACGUUGGCAUACUUAACCAAACCUCAAGCUGUUGAUGACCAAAACAUCCUCUUAACCAUCUAUACGUGCUUUGGAGUUCCUGUUGAAAAAUUUGCUGAUGGUGAAAGUGAAAAAGUUACUUUAAUACCUCUCAAUGAGGUUUUUCAUGUGUCACAGGAUGGGACUAGCAAUAACCUUAACCUUCAAAGUACAAACAAGACCUGCAGCCAUUAUGAGUGUGCAUUUGUAGGUGGACUAAAAACUGAAAAUUGUGCUGACAACAUGGAAUAUCUACAGUCCAUUUAUGCAUACAACCCUGGUGAGAGAAACAAGAAGCUUGAAGAUCCUGAAAUGAGAAACCAGGAACCCACUAUUUCUCCUGGUAUGGAGGGUCGGGAGCCCACCCAAAUACCUGUUGACAACUGGAGAGAAGUUCCUUCACUGGGAUCUUCUAAGAGGAUAGCAUCUGGACAUAUGGUAUAUCACACUCUUCUCUAGAUCCAGAGUAACUACAAUGUUCUUCAAGUUCUAACCAUGAUAUUGCAAAGGAGAUGAACAAAGAACAGUAAGGGAAAACACAAGAUAAAACUCAGACUGGAUUUGGCAUAUUGUACCAAAGCACAGGACUCUAGGGAAGGAGAGAAGGGACACUGGGAUCCUGUUGUCUCCUAGAAAACAAUCAAAUGGAGAUGAAAGGUUGGGUCUGUGUGUUAAAGACUAUACUAUAAACCACCAACCCCCAAUUUAG